UGUAUAUAAAGGCUUGUAUGUUUGAGACUGAACAGUAUCGUUCAACACUCGAAAUGAGAGCAGCACAUACUAUAGCCACUUGUUUCCUUUUCCUGGUACUAUUAGUACCACGGAAUGGGGUCCAGUCUAAUAAUAUUGACCUCCUCGGUCUCGGAAAAGCACUGGACAAUUUGACUAAAAAGCAAUUACAAGUGGUAGCCGGAAUCAAAACCAAAAAUGAUACUGAACCCUCAUACCAGCUUACUGAGACCAAGCCAGGAGGAUCUUCAGGAGGCGGUGGUGGCUCACCAGGACAAGGCGGUGGUAGCCAGCCAGGCGGUGGUAGUCAACCAGGUGGUGGUAAUAAACCAGGUGGUGGCAGUGGUGGUCAGCAAGGCGGUGGCAUGCCCGGAGGUCAACAAGGUGGUAACAAUCCCGGUGGACAGCAAGGCGGUGGCAAUUCCGGUGGAAAGCCCGGUGGCAAUUCUGGUAGCAAGCCCGGUGGUAAUUCUGGUAGCAAGCCCGGUGGCGGUUCAGGUGGCAAGCCCGGUAGCAAGCCCGGUGGCAAUUCCGGUAGCAAGCCCGGUAGCAAGCCCGGUAGCAAGCCCGGCAAUAAACCAGGUAAAAGCCGUGGUAGUCCCAAGAAUCCCUCAUCUAGAAACCCAGACAAUGGUUCUGACGAGCAGAAUGAGCAGUCGCAGUCUGUAUACGUCACCCAAUACCAGAAAGGCUAAUGAUUACCUAGCAAACAAGAUGUUCCCGAUUCUAGAAAUGGCAGCGGUAUUCCAAUUGAUCAGCUAUUUUAAUCAUUAUAAUAUUAUAUGUCAUACAAAACUUAUUAGGCAAGAAAUGUUCAAUUGUUUUUAUUCGAAAAUUUUUAUCUGGUUCAAAUAAAUAGAUUUUGGCAA